UACCUGGUUUAGGAGGCUACCUACUGUUCCAUUCUCUUUCAGUCUUUGCUAUAUUGUACACGGAACUAUCGGUACCUUUCAUACUGUGAUAAUUGUUAAUAAAGUAAAGAGAAGCAGAUAUAAUAUCUUAUCUGUCUAUUAUAUAUACAACAAUAUACUAGCUAUUAGCCACAUCAUUAUUUUAACUUCAGCUAUACUAUUUUUUUUUAACUUGCUUGCAAGAUAUUACUUUAACAUUGACCAUGGCUAAUGAAGAUCCUAUGGAAAAGCUUUUCAAAUAUAUUGAUGAUCAUAAGGAAGAGUAUGUUGAAAACCUUCGAAAAUGGUGUGCAAUAAAAAGUGUUUCUGGCUGGCCAGAUAGUAGGGAAGAUGUUGUUAAAAUGGUUGACCAAGCUAAGCUGGAAUUAGAAGCACUUGGUGCUACUAUUGAGAAAUGUGAUAAUCCUCUUGGAAAAGAAACAACACCUGAUGGUAAAGAGAUUCCUUUGCCUCCCAUUCUUCUUGGACAUUUGGGUGCAGACCCCAAAAAGAAAACUGUGUUAGUUUAUGGACAUUUGGAUGUCCAGCCUGCACUCAAAAGUGAUGGAUGGAGUACAGAUGAUCCCUUUGUUAUGGAGGACGAUGGUGUGAAACUUACUGCACGUGGUUCAACAGAUGACAAAGGUCCUGUGUUGUGCUGGCUUAAAGUGAUUGAAGCUUAUCAAGCUUUAAAGAUUGACAUUCCUGUCAACAUUAAAUUCUGCAUUGAAGCCAUGGAAGAAUCUGGCAGUGUUGGUUUAGAUGAAUUAAUUGAACUUAGAAAAGAUACAUUUUUUAAGGGUGUAAAUUGUGCAUGUAUAUCUGAUAAUUAUUGGUUAGGCAAAGAUAAACCAUGUAUUACAUAUGGUUUAAGAGGAGUUGCUUAUUACUUUGUUGAAAUGGAAUGUGCUAAGGCAGAUUUACAUUCAGGUGUAUUUGGUGGAACUGUUCACGAGGCAAUGAUUGAUUUGGUUCAUUUGUUCAGCAAGCUUGUCGAUCAAAAGGGUACCAUUCUCAUCACAGGUGUCAACGAAUUAGUCAAACCCCUUACUGAAGAAGAAGACAAACUGUAUGAUCCUAUAACAUUUGAUCCAAAGGAAUAUGCUGACGAUAUUGGCACUGACAAAUUACUUCAUUCUGGUCCCAAUGAAAAGAAAGACACGUUGCAACAUCGUUGGAGAUACCCAUCACUUUCCAUCCAUGGUUUCCAGGGUGCUUUUGACGGUGAGGGUUCUAAAACUGUAAUUCCAAAAAAGGUUACUGGGAAAUUCUCCAUUCGUCUUGUUCCUGACCAAGAACCCGAAGUUGUUGACAAACUGGUGAUUGAUUAUUGCAAGAAAGUUCAUGCUGAUAGUGGAUCUGGCUCAAAAAUAAAUGUCCUUCCAACACAUGGUGGUAAACCUUGGCUCAGUGAUUUUAAACACCCACACUACGAUGCUGGUGUAAAAGCAGUGACAAAAGUUUUUAAAAAAGCUCCAGACAUGACUCGUGAAGGUGGAAGUAUCCCUGUUACACUCUCCAUCCAGGACGCUAUUAAAAAUAGUGUCAUGUUGCUCCCCAUUGGUUCCAGUGAUGAUGGUGCGCACUCUCAAAACGAGAAAAUCAACAGAUGGAAUUUCUUUGAAGGGAUCAAAGUCCUCGGGGCUUAUCUUGAUGAAGUUUCCAAACACACUGAUUUGUAAUGAACAAAAUACGAUGCAAAAAACAAACUGAAGAAAGAAAAGAAUGUUUUGUUGUUGUUAGAAAAUCAUAUCAAAAAAUAUAUAUACAAAAAAAAUAUAUACAAAAAAAUAUAUACAAAAAAAUAAUUAUUUAGGACGCUUUUAUAAAUUUUAGGUAGAACUAGAUAUAUAAUAAAAAUUAUGUUCACGUAAUAAUUUCUUCUCACAGUUUUUUAACGUUUUAAAAUUUAUGUGGGAAGGAACUAUUACUUGAUAAGUAGGGUAAUGAUUGUACAAUCUUCUAGUUUUUUUCUAACCAAAUACGAAUAAAAUUCCAAAUA